AUGGAGCUCUCCAGACCCGGGGACGCGCAAAUCGUCGCCGCUUCUCGACCUCGCGCUGGCCAGGAUGUCUCAGCCGCACCUUUGCAGCAGCUCAAAGCGAUGUCGCACGACUCGCAAAGCAUCAUCACUUUCACAGCUGAGUUGGAUCUUCUUGACAAGAACAGGCGAGGGAAGAGUGUCGCCUCGAGACUGGCUUCGUUCUUGCAGACGAUUGAGCAGUUCACGCCCAUAAUCGACACUUACAUCCAAUCGAAUCCCGAUAUCGCGGCGCUUAUCUGGGGUUCUAUCAAACUAACCUUUUUGUUCCUCGCCAACUUCACAUCUUACUUCCCGUCGUUUGUUGAGCUUCUGCACGGAUUCGGUUCACUUUGCACGCGAUUCGCCGAGUACCAGGUCGUUUUCAAUGAAUCCUCGCGUCUCAAAAGUUCAGUCUGCCAGUUUCACACUGCGGUGGUUACUUGCUGCCAGCAGAUCGUCUUGGCGGUUCGACGACCCUUAAAGAAUCAGCUUCUGAAGGCAAUCACACAAUCUUUUCAGUCUGAACUCCGAAGCUACGUAGAAGAUAUAAGAGCGAAAGCAGAGGAGGUACAAGGGGAUAUACAUUUAACUUCAAAGUCGACUAUCGAAAUGGAAGCCUUACAUGUGCAGCGAAGGCGGAAUGCAUCAGAGCAGAAACGACGUCGCCUCCUUGAGGAGCUAUCUUCAUUCAACUUCACAUCUGCCUUCAAUAGCACACGAAACAAACGCCAUAUUGUUGGGUCUGGUAAAACAGUCUUGUCGUCCUCGGUUGUUGAGAAGCUUUCGCAGAUCCGGCCGCCUCAACAAUUCGUGUCGUUCUUUUUUAUCCGAUUCGAUGAUCCUCUGAGCCUUGAUGCGGAGACAAUCAUACGGUCUUGUGUUCAACAAUUAUUAUCAGCCAUCGUUACGGAUGAUCUUGACCAGCGGUUGGCUUCUGAACUUGACAAACACCUUUCUGAAGCCAGGUUGGCUCUAUUCUCGCUCGACCAACUUUCAAGACUCUAUUCAUCUGCUGCCAAAGCUAUUAAAAACUGGUUCAUAGUUCUUGAUGGGCUGGAUGAGUGUAACACUGGUCAACAGUCAAGAUUGUUGAAAUUCUUCCAAGCGGUUGUCUCACGGGCGGGUGCAACCAGCCAUAUUAGCAUUCUCCUUUCGUCUCGAGAGACAUGUACCAACGCCAUCAAACGAAAUUUUCCUGGAUCUCAACGAUUAGUUACUGGCCUACAGAAUACCAGUGCAGAUAUUGGCGCAUAUGUUGACGACAUCAUCAUUGAGAAACUAUCGACUGGUGAACUGGUUGUCAGCGACCCCAGCCUGAUAGAUGAGAUUCUGAAAACCAUUGCUUCCAAGGAGCAGGGAAUGUUCUUAUGGGCGUUUCUUGCUAUUGAGGAUAUAUGUUCUGGAAAGUCUGACAAGGAGAUUCGACAAGCACUGAAAGACAUUCCGAGUGACCUUCCUACAACAUUUGACCGUGCUCUGAGCCGCAUUGUCCAGAAGCGCAAUCAACAGAUCGCUAAAAAGGCCUUUUUGUGGACGAAAGCAGUAUCACAAUCAUUGACCUUGUCACAGUUCCACGAGGCACUUUCUAUCGAAAUUGGUCAACACACUCUACGCCAAGAAGAUCUCAUCAGCGGGAUAGAGCGAUUACCCGUGUGGUGCGAAAACCUUCUUUAUGUGGAGGAAACAGAUAAUACAGUUCGAUUCAGCCAUCAUUCUAUUCAAGAGUUUCUUUUGGUACCCGAUUCGGGUGAGAAUGGGGAUCUUCACAUUGACUCGGACCAGUGCGAUAAGCUUGCUGCAGAGAGGAAAAGGGAACCUCUCAGUUCAUCUGCUAUAAAGAUCGACCCAAGCGGAAUAGCCGAGCAGACAAUACAGUCUGCCAUACAGGGUGGCGUUGGAACUCGCGUCGGUCGUCUAGCUCGCCAAUUUGUCAAGACGUCAAACCCAAAAAAGAUAUCAACACAGCGCGACUUUUCCCUGAGUUCUUCCAUGUCAGUUACUAGUAAAGCCCAAGGGAACCCAGAUUACCCCUUUCUCGAAUAUGCUUCGACGAAGUGGUUCAAGCAUACCAAAUACAUCGACGAAAAUGAGACGGAGAUUUGGAGGCUUUUCGGUCAAUUGGUCCAGAAGCCCCUUGAGCACUCGCAGGGCGAGCCUUGGCAUAGCACGGAAUGGAAGAACGAAGCCAUGGCGGGGUUUCCAAAUCAUGACGAUGCAAGAUCAGAAUGCUACUGCCAUGUGAUACGGACUAUGAACAGUGGCGAGAUACAUGAGUCAGACGACGGGCCAGACGACGGCCCAAAAUUCUCUCAGCUCUGCCUUGCUUUCAUGUACGCUGAGUUGAACGGCUACUACGCGCUCGCAUGUCGAUCCUUCCAGUUGUUGAUAGUAUUUCCUUGGAUGGUAUCUAAGUUUGAAAAACUUGUUUGCAUUCUAGGAGCCAACAAGACUUACGAAGCCUGUCAAAAUGAUUGUGCAAGUCUGAUACCGACACGUCUGAAUCAUCACUUACUCGUCGCAGAGCUCAGGAAAUCUAUCGCCCAUGGGAUUUCAUCCUUCCCAGCAUUGCCAAAUUACAAGUCACACCCUCUAUGUGACUGCGCAGACCAAGCUCCUCAUGAGCUGAUGUUGGAUAUUUGCCAGGUGUUAAAGACUGGCUAUCGCCGAACGAUUCAACCGCACUUGCAGGCUUUCGCUAUCGUAACAGAAGCUCUUGCGGAUGAGAGACAUGGCGAUAUGCCCGGCAUCUUGGACUUGAGCCUCACGUGUCGCGAGGAGGCUUAUACUUUGUUUGAAGCCAAGAACAUUCACAGGAUGCUUUUGAUCGAUGUGCUCAUCCAGGGGCUCCUAUCAAUUGAAGCGUUGUACAAAGGCAUCGUCUCAAAUUCCAUCGCCAGUUUUGUGGAAUACGAGACUACACCGACCUUCAGGUUUCAUUCCCAGAUACUGGAGCCACCAAGCUCGAUGCCUGAACACCGUUUGAUAGCUUAUACCAUCUGUUUUCUGGUUCUUUUGGAUAGAGAGCGUCCUCCUGCACCGGCCCCAGAUAUAAGUGUUCUUGGUGAAUAUCGUCGCUUUAAAAAGCUUAUGAACCUACACGGUGAAACUAUCGCAGCAGUAUUUCGAAGACUCGUUAUCCCUGCACUAUGGCCGACUUAUAUGGCAUCCUAUAUCGUCCAGACUCUAUUCGGGGAGUUCCUAAAGUAUGAUGUUCAGCACAUUGCCCAUGCUCACGAGGACUCAUUUAGAGAAGCUGUGUGGAACAAUAAUUGGGACAUUGCGGCAGCUCUGCUAGAGCUUCAGCCGACUUCCCUGGAUAGGCUUACUGGCCUUGGUUAUUUCAGCUAUAUUAGAGAAGCUGUACGCUGCCAGAACUGCUGGCGAUGCACACAAAAUGUGGUCAGGCAGCUAACUUCUAGCGAAAUGCAUCGGUACUCCUUUAGGCUAUGUGCGAACCAUGUCAGCUAUUUCAAUAGGAUUGCUGGUUUGCUUGGGGGCAUAUAUGAUGCUAGGAAGGGACAAUUACUGUGCCCGGGACAUAGUACAGAUGCGUUGCCUGAACGAGAGGGAAAAUUGAAGCGGCCAGGAUUUUGA